CUGCGUUGUGCACACGGGCUUCGUUCAGCUCCUUUCGAGCCGACCCGAGAGAGAGCAGGACGCCGGCAGGCUGCCCCCGUGCCCGAAGAAGGGCGCUUGUGCCCCCAAACUUGCCAAAAACCAAAAUAAAAUAUUUCCAACUCUUCACUGGGUCUAAUACAAGACAUCGCACUCACAUGACCCUUCUGCGGCUGCUUUGUUUCCAGCCGUGUUGGGAAAGUGCAAGUGAGAGCUCGGCUGUGGCCCCAGGAACAGCGAGGAGGGGAAGGACAAAGACAGACAAGGAAGAAGUGUUUCCUUCCAUUUCAAGGUCGGAAGGAUUCGGGCGAAAUGCCUUGCCGCCAUGCCGCCGAAAAGGACACCCCACACAUCCGCCCGCGGGAUAAAAGCAACACGUUUGAAGAAAGAAACCCAGCUACAAACACUAUACUAACAAUGGAGCCCACCAACGUGAUAAACACAUUGUUAAUGUCACUAUAGUAGUAAAUCAAGACCUGAAUCUACAAUAUCGUUGUAACCAGCUCCACAAUUGACCAAGUCUAAGGUUACAAUGUAUCACUCAUCUCAGUAAAAAGACCUGGUUAAAUGCUGGGAGGGGAGCUCCUGUCAAACGUGCCGUUUGGGGUUGUGCGGUCGGUCAGUUGGUCUCGUUAUGAGGACUGAAAGGAGCGGGGGAAAUCCCUUGUACUUGCCCGAUUCCUGCCAGGCUACGAAUGCCAGAGCCAGCGAUGAACACCGCCGGGCGCAAGGGCGGGUGCCAUGUCACUGAACAGGCGUCAUCGGUGAUCUCCGAAAAUCAUUGCUCAGAAACCCUGUGCUUGCCAUGACCAUCAGGAGCAGGGUCCAUACUGAGGACCGGGCUCGUGCAGGGUGAUCUGGGUGGCUUGGUAACCCGAGCCCUGCCAGCUGAGUGCAAGUACAUGAAUGUGAACAUGUUUUAGCUCGCUAAAAAAAACUGUCACUUGCUCAAAAUUUUUUUCCCCAACGAUUUAAGUUGGUGUAACACAAGAGACCGGAUUCACGGGAAGAGCCGUGACCGCGCGGGGCGCAGCGGAAGGAAGCGAUGUUGCUGCUGCGAGACUCAUCUUGCGGCUGUGCUGCCCAGCCCGGGGGCGAAGCACGUGGGAAAAUUUGGGUUUUGUGCAGAGGGAGGGAGCAGCCGCGGGCCGCCCCUCGCACGUGGGGCUUGUCCAGCCUCCAGCAACAACCCCGGUGCAGGCGGGAAGCAGCCCGCAGUGUAUCUCCAGCCGCGGAGCCGCAGCUCACCCGCCGAGAAGCACCCUGCACGGAACCAGAGCGAAGAUGACUUGCAAAGAUGUUUUGGUCCUUCCAGUCCAGUUUGGGGAAAAUCUUGAACUCUAUUUUGAAGAAGCUUUAGAGUGCGACUCCCUGCGGAAAGAAAACUGCAUCUGUCAGCAAGUCUUUCGAAACAUCAACAGUCAAGUACUUGUGGUGCGGUCAGAUUCAAAUGUAGGGGUAUUCGAAUCUGCGGCAGAUCAGGAGGUGAAACAUGGGAGUGGAAUGCUAUUCACCAUUCACUAUUAUUCAGAAACGGGUAUACCUAUAACCGGGCCGGCUGUAGCAUUCAGUGUCCAAGCAGGUAGCAAGACUUACUCUAUGUACUGCACGAAUGAAAGCGGGAAAAGAAUGGUUCGAUUUCGGGAGGGAGAGCCUCCCAAGGACAUUGAAGACCAAAUAAUUGACAUUGUUUUUAUUCAAAAGCUGUUUACACCAGGAGACAGCAUGUCAUUCAAGUUUGAAUCUUUGCUGAUGCCAGGAUAUUUCUUGGCCUUUGCAGAAGAGGGCAGCUUAAUGAAACUGAUUUUAAAGAGCUGUGAGAGUGGAGAUGAAGUAGACGAGACCAUGAAGAUACAUUUCUACGCUUAAACUAAACCGAAAACUACUCUAAAAGCAACUACAUAAGCUAUUUAUUGGCUGCCUUUUAAAACAUCUUACAUGGCAGUUAAUUACCAACUUUUUUGUAAUUUUAAUAAUGCAGUUUUCUUAAAAUCAUUCAAUUCUUCA